CGAUUGAACUUGUAAACCAAGGUUAGAUGCAAGAUUUUCUUCUCCAUUAUAAUAAAUAUCUUUAAUACUUUCACCAAGAUGAAGGUCAAAGAUCUACACCUGACAAGCUACAUGGGCUACCUCCCCCAUAUAAUUUUGGUAGCAGCGCUAGCCCUAGGACUGUACACACAGUGGCAGUAUAGCCAGAAUACCAUUGUACUUGUUGUAGCCAUACUUGGGCUUUUUGUUUUUGGAUUAUCUUGUGCCUGUCAAUAUUACUUCAAUUAUGAAUCGAUGGGACGUGCUAUCUUACACAUAUGGUUAGGCUGUAUUUUAGGUGUAAUUGUGUUCUCCGCAGAGCAGAAAGAAAUCGAGUACAUUGUUACACAAGAAGUGAUGAAUAUUCUGUUUAUGACAAGUCUUGCUGUAUCUUGUUUCUGGAUUAUCACCCAACGAAUCAUGAGGUUAAAGAAGCACGAGGCAAAACUAUGCGAAUCUACAGAACUGUUGGAGUGCCUGGGUUUAUCGAUAGCAACACUUCUCACAGACCAGUACGCCAUCCCAAUCACUCUCUUUAUUGUUUCUGUUGUCUGCCAUUUGAUGGCCAUAAGACUCAAGUCCAUUUUUGGACUUGCUAGCUUCCUUGGAAUGAUUGUUGUGGUGUUGGUGUUUUUUAGAGAUGAAAAACUCUAUGUUAAUCAAUAUGGACUGAUUUGCUUUGUUGGGCGACAAGCAUGUUCACCAAUUGUAGAUCUAUAUUUCUCAGAUCUGACAACACUGGAUAGAUGGCAGACAUUCUUCAAUUAUUCAAGAUUUCUAAGACAUCUUUCUAUAUUUUUUAUAUUUAUAGUAAAUGUUACGCUAGCAGCAUUUAUAGGUAAACAGAUAACUUCACACAAGGAAUGGUUUGUAGUUGUUCCAAUAUUUGCUGUUUUCUUACUGAUGUGGUUGUGUUUCCACAUUAUCUACAUAAUAUCCUGUUGGAAAUUGAUGAGUAAGGUCACUGAGUGCAACAGCAUAUACAAAAGUGUGUCAGACGAACGAAGGAGCCUUAACAGGAUAAUGUCCUCUAAAGGGGUGCGUCACUUUAGCCUUGUGUCAGUGCGGCUUAUUUGUGUGACGCUGGUAACAACGCUAGUAUUGUGUGGUCUGGGAUGGACAACCCGCACUGGUCACAGCCAGGCACUUCUGUUCAUCGUGCUUCCAUUGGAGUGUAUGACCUUAAGUCUGUUCAGAGAACUUGGAGAUUCCCUCGGAGGCACAGCAAUCGGAUAUGCCAUAAUCAGUCCAAUCUCAGGUCAAAGACCAGGUGCUGGUGUCAAGCUGUAUGCCCAUAAUAGUGUUCAGGACAUGGGAUCUUAUGCUAUGGCAACACUUAACAAAAUUUGCCAGUUCUUUGACUUUCACAUGAUCAACAACUUUGGUACUGACUUCUCUAGCAGUGGGAUGAGCCUGGAAUUUCUACAGUCUAAGGUGAAGGCUUUCUUUGGUCGGUGCUGUAUGGGGGAGAAUGGACCUCGUUAUGACACCUAUCUGCUGUAUUACAGUGGGGAUGUGUACGACACCGGGGAUUGGGCUUUAGCAGAUAACAAGAAUUUGAAGUUGGACACUCUCCUGGAAUGGUGGUCGGAGAAAAACGUUGACUCAGGAGCACGUCUGAUUCUGGUACUGGACUCCCUCCACUCACAUCACUGGGCAAAAGAAGUACGGUAUAUUCGUGAUGACUUUGUUGCCAUCCAGACGUGUCGCUACAAAUUCCGUCAGGAGGACUUAGAACAGGGGGAGAAACCUCCAGCUGGCUCAUUCUCACAGGAUUGGGUGCAUUACAAUAUGGAUGCAGCUAUCGAACAGGACUGGUCAGACAAAGAACGCACAACUCGUGCCAUUUAUGGUGUGUCCAAACACUGGACAGACUUCACAUUCCACAUGCCAACAGAAAGAGACAUAGCUGAUCACUGUGAUUCUAGCUUUCCCAAACUGGUGAAGCCUCUGGUACAGGUCGUCAAUUAUCGUGGAGUUCCUUGUCACGGGGUCUCACUCUGUUUUUGCUGUGAUAUUGUCAUACGUUGCAUGAAACGGAAGCGGAUGAGGUGGCUCCCUCCAAAAGAAGUGGAUACAAAACAUGGCUUCAAACUAAUCCAGUCAUAAUGACACACACACACACACACACACACACACACACACACACACACACACACACACACACACACACAUAUAUAUAUACUGGGGUUCUUGUCGAGUAAGAUCAAUAACUUUGGUAAACCAAAUUCCAGAUUGCUGAAUGUAACUGUUUUAAAAGUCCUUCACAUUCUGGUUAUAUAAACAUUUAUGCAUGAUCUUGUCUUCAAAGUGAGUUUCAAAAUAGUUGGUGCUUAAUUCAUUAUUAUCAUUUUUUGAAAGAAAAUGUAUAUCCCCAAUAUGAAUCAUAUAUGAGGAAAAGUGACUCGUAGCCAUCAGGCUGUUCACAAUCCUCGUUAAACAAAUAAAGAAUAGAAUUAAGCAAUGAUGAUGUAUUGCAAUGAUUAAUUACCCUGUGGAAUACUUUACUCUGAAGAACUAGAUCUAAACUUCAAUUUCAGAAAUUCACAGGCUCAUUGUCAGUCAUGCAAGACACAGAAGUGAAAGUGAUUUCAAUGCAAUUCACACUAAAUUUAUAUUUUUUUUCAUCUGCCAAAACAUUUUGGUACAUCAAACACUAAUUUCUUGUGCUCACUUCAGUGCUUAAACACAAAAGGCCGCUAAACUAAUUGAUGGUGUUUUUGAAUUUUAAGAUAUACAGUAAAUUGCUAUCUUUCUUCUUUUACAAUCAUUUUACAAACUUUUAAAUUCACCUAGGCUUCACCUAGGUUAGGUAGUAAGAUCAUUCAUGUUGGGCAACUUCAAUUCCAAAUUGUUAAGUUAGUAUAGUUGACAGUAAGCAUUGUUGAAAUUAUGGUAGUACAUGUACUUUAAAUAUAUCCUGUGUCUGGUUUACUUCAAGUUUUCAAAUUCUAACAAUCGUGAAAACUACGACUCUUGGUUAUUUUUCAACAAGCAAAAUUAUUUUUGAUGUUACUUUAUAGCUGGUGUGAUGCAAUUUAAAGCUACAUUUUAAAUGUUAGUGCUUAUGAAUAAGGACUUUUAAGGUACCCCUUCAGACUGAUACACUGUAUUUUUCUUCUUCCUUCCUUGACUAGCCCUCUUUUGUGAGGAAAGCCUGAUUUAAUUACA